AUGCCAAACUUACCCAAAUUGGACUUGCCAACCAUUGACCAGAUUCUCUAUCAACAGGGUAUUGGCUUGCUCAUGUAUGCAAUGGUGCAGACCCAUCUGGAUAUUGCUUUUUCAACUGGUCUUUUAGCCCAACGUUCAGCAAAUCUGGGUCAAGACCACUGGAAUGGGUUCAAGAGAUCCUUGCAAUACCUACAAGGCACAAAGGACAUCAGCAUAGUUUACAGGCAGUCCGCUGGAUCCACACUUAUUGGUUACGUUGAUGCCAAUUACGCAGGUGAUCCAAAUACAAGCCAAUCAACUAUGGGCUGGGCUUUUAUGAUGGCCGGGGGAUGUGUAGCAUGGUCUUCUCAAAAACAGCCAACAAUUUCUCUAUCAAGCACUGAGGCCAAAUAUGUUGCAGCUGCAAGCGCAACUCAAGAGCUAAUUUGGCUCUGUCAAUUUUUAUCUGAAUUCAAUUUCCUUCCCAAGGGACCAACUACUUUACUUACCAAUAACCAAUUGAGUGUAGCACUGGCAAAAAACCCAGUGAAUCACCAGAACACCAAGCAUAUUUGCAUCAAGCAUCACUUUCUGCAGGAGAUGGUCAAGCUACAGAAAAUUAAUCUUGAGUACAUUCCAACCAAUUGCCAAGUAGCUGACAUCCUUACAAAGCCGCUUGGACGUGUCAAGUUCCCAGGCUUUGUUGCCAAUUUAGGCAUGUCCUAG